AUGGCCGUUCGCGUCUGUCUCGCAUUCACCUCUGAACCGCUCCUACAACUCCCCAUUGACGCCGACGACAUGGCUCAGUCGACACAGGUCUCCGUCUCCGAACCGGCCGUCGAGAACGCCAUGCCUCAUUCUCCCGUGCUCGCCGCCAAACGGUCACACGAUCAAGUCGAACCCAUCGCAGAUGCUGCGCCGACGUUGAAGAAAGUCAAGACGAACGACGACACUCUCGAAGCCAAUGGACCUGAGGAUAUACAGAUGAGAGACAUUCAGGAGGUGGAGGGUAGAAAGAAGACGCAAGAGACAGAAAUCAAUGCUGCCCUGGCUAUGCUGGACGACGGAGUCAAAGAGUCUGAUGCUGCUAGUGGAAGAAGCGAGUGGUGUAUGGCCUUGGGAGAGCUUUGA